ACCUAGGAGACACCCCCGAGGCAUGCAAAAGCUUUGCCCAGGAAAUACUCCUAUCUUGAGGUUGACGAAGCGUGCUCCUUAACAUUCUCAUUCCUCCACCAACCACGGUCUACCUCCCAGCCAUGGCGACCGUGGCCUUCUGCUCCGCGCCUAGCGUUUCCGCAAGCCUCGCGCUCUCGCGGAGGGGGAAUGACGCCGGAGCGCAGCAGAGGCUGGCGCUAAGCAGCGCGGGCGUGCGAAACGGCGCGCUCGGCGUGGCUGCUCUGCGGAAGCAGUGCCGUCACAAUGGCGCGAACGCUGUCCGCCAGCCAGUGCACGCCAGGGCGAGCGGAAAGCCCUCCUCAUCUGCAGAGCCGUCCGAUGCGUCCAGCGUGGCAUCAACGGUGGCAGGGAAGGCCGUCGCCGCGGUGCUAGCUGCUAUCCAGGUGCUGGCGCCAGUAUCAGCCGCGUUCGUCCCCCUCCUGGCGCAGCCUCCCCCGGCGGAAGCGAUACUGCUGUCCCCGGACACCAAGGUUCCGCGCAAUGCUGACGUGGCACUCCGCCGCGCCGUGCCAGUUGUCAACGACGCGGUCAGGAAGAUCCAGGAUGAGUUGGAGGAGAUUUCGACUCUCAUGCGCAUCCCUCAGAAGAAGCCGUACAAGACAAUGCAGGCCAACGUGACCAAGGCCGUCAAGUUGGCAGAAGCCAAUCAGGCAGCGAUUUUAGAUGCUGUGCCAGUGGCUGACAAGGGGAGGGCAGAGGCCAUCUACAACGACCUGGUUAACUCCAAGGCUGGUUUCCCCGGGCUGCUAGCAGCAAUCGAGGACAAGGACCCGGACCGUGUCUCGAUCCGCCUGGCCUCGUCUCUCAACAGCAUUGCCAGCCUCUCUCUGCUCCAAGCCACGGGCCUCCAGUUCCUCAUCCCCGCUCAAUACGCCAGCCUCCCCAGGCUGACAGGGCGAGCAACAGUGGAGUUUGCAGUGCUCAAAGCGGAUGGCUCCUACUUCGCCCUCGAUAACGGAGCAACCUCUGCGCUCACGGGUGUGCUACAGGUGGUGCUUGAUGGUUACUCUGCUCCUCUUACAGCCGGAAACUUCGCACAGCUGGUAUCUCGCCGUGCCUAUGACGGCGUGGCAGUGAAGGCAACGGACCUGGCUGUGCUAUCCGACGCUCGAGAUCCCUCUGCCGGCCGGGACGUGCCCCUUGAGAUCAUGCCAGCUGGCGAGUUCCAACCCAUCUACCGCACGCCGCUGGAUGUUCAGGACGGGGAGCUCCCAGUGCUGCCCAUGUCGGUGUUUGGGGCUAUGGUCAUGGCACACUCCCCUGAGAGCGACUCCUUCAGCCACCCCUCGCAGUUCUUCCUCUACAAAUACGACAAGAGACGGUCUGGAUUGGGAGGCCUUGCCUUUGACGAAGGCCAGUUCUCUGUCUUCGGGUAUGUGACUAAAGGGAGGGAUGUUCUCGCACAGCUUCGCACUGGCGAUGUGAUUCAAUCAGCUCGUAUCGUGUCAGGGGCCGAUAGGCUAGUUGUCCCAAAUGUGUGAUAGGCUUUUCCUUGCUGUAACCGCUUCAUUAGAGUCCUAGUAAACAAGCUCAGAUCAAUAAAACCGUUCUAUAUAUUGUACAAUUCACUCACUCAUUGUAA